AUGUGGGGCAGCCCUCGCGGGACACCACGGCAACGCUAUUGCCAAAUUGCCAACCCACCUGUCAAACUGUCAUCACUUUGCUAUGCGGGUACUCAUUUCCCGUCGCCCUAUUCCCCUUCCCGUGCCCAUUCUCCCCUUCCCGUCCCAUUCUUCCCUCCCUUACCCUCCCUUCCCUCCCUUCUCUCCCUUCCCUCCCUUACCCUCCCUUCCCUCCCUUCUCUCCCUUCUCUCCCUUCUCUCCCUUCUCUCUUUUCUCUUCUCCCUUCUCUCCCUUCCCUCCCUUCUCUCCCUUCUCUCCCUUCUCUCCCUUCCCUCCCUUCUCUCCCUUCCCUCCCUUCUCUCCCUUCCCUCCCUUCUCUCCCUUCCCUCCCUCCCCUGCAGUUUCCCCUGCAGUUUCAACCCUUGCUCCCUGCAGUUUCCCCCUGCUCCCUUCAGUUACCCCCCUGCUCUUUUCAUUUCCCCCCCCACUCUCCUCAGUUUCCCCCCUGCACCAUGCAGUUUCCCCCAUGCACCCUGCAGUUUCCCCCCUGCACCCUGCAGUUUCCCCCCUGCACCCUGCAGUUUCCCCCCUGCACCCUGCAGUUUCCCCCCUGCACCCUGCAGUUUCCCCCCUGCACCCUGCAGUUUCCCCCCUGCACCCUGCAGUUUCCCCCCUGCACCCUGCAGUUUCCCCCCUGCACCCUGCAUUUUCCUCCCUGCACCCUGCAGUUUCCCCCCUGCACCCUGCAGUUUCCCCCCUGCACCCUGCAGUUUCCCCCCUGCACCCUGCAGUUUCCCCCCAGCACCCUGCAGUUUCCCCCCUGCACCCUGCAUUUUCCCCCCUGCACCCUGCAGUUUCCUCCCUGCACCCUGCAGUUUCCCCCCUGCACCUAG